GACUGUCAUUUCCGACUUCCACAUCAUCGUUGCAAACAUGUCACACACCGAUGUUGACGAACUUUUCGAAAUAAGAACUGCAUUUUAUACUGGAAAUUAUCAACUAUGUAUAAAUGAGGCACCUAAACUAAAGACAAAUAAUCCAAAGUCGAAGGUGGAUAAAGAUGUUAUUAUGUACAGAGCUUACAUUGCACAAAGGAAAUAUGGAGUUGUUCUAGACGGUAUAAAUGCAGCACAUCCUGACGAAAUGCAAGCCGUCAAGCUCUUUGCUGACUACCUAUCUAAUCAGUCUAAGAGAGAUGCUAUAGUCAGAGACUUAGACAGUAGAAUGAGUGCAAAUGUAGACAUCAGUAAUACAACAUUCCUGGUGAUGGCUGCUUCUAUAUACUUUCAUGAACAGAAUUAUGAUGCAGCUUUAAGAGUACUGAAUCCCUCAGAUGCAUUAGAAUGCAUUGCGUUAGCUAUACAGAUGUUACUGAAAUUGGACAGAAUUGAUUUGGGGAGGAAAGAAUUGAAAAGAAUGCAAGAAAUAGAUGAAGACAGUGUAUUGACACAGUUAGCACAAGCUUGGUUUAAUUUAUCAGUGGGAGGUGACAAAUAUCAAGAUGCAUAUUAUAUCUUCCAAGAAAUGUCAGACAAACAUAACGCUACACCAUUAUUACUGAAUGGCCAAGCAGCAUGUUAUAUGGCCCAAGGAAAGUUUGAUGAUGCUGAAUCUGUAUUACAGGAAGCUAUGGAUAAGGAUUCAAACAACCCAGAAACAUUGAUAAACAUGAUUAUUUUAACACAACAUACAGGAAAAUCUAUUGAGAUUAGUAACAGAUAUUUAUCCCAAUUAAAAGAUUCACACAGAAGUCAUCCAUUUGUUCAAGACUUACUACAUAAGGAAAGUGAAUUUGACAGAAUAGCCAGAAAUUAUUCAUCAUCCGUUACAGCAUGAUAAACAUUAG